AUGUCUAUUAAUAUUGUCCCCUCGUCGCCCCCCAACCAAACGGUAUCUGCUGCAUCUGCUGUCGCUGCUCCUCAGGAUCACGCUAAGUUCAAUAAUCCUAUCAGACUACCAAUAUCCAUAUCUCUCACCAUUAACGAUACGCCUAACAAUAGCAGCAAUAGUAAUGGUGUCACCAAUGGAUUAGGUAUUUUGCCUUCGCGUACGGCUACUUCAUUAGUCGUGACAAAUAACAGCAGUGACAAUAGCAAUGCGGUAGCAGCAGCAACAGCCGCAGCCACUGUGGAGACGAAUACAACCCCUGCCGUGAGUACUACAAAGAGUAUCCGUCAUUUCAUAUAUCCUCCAAAUCAAGUGAACCAGACGGACUUUUCGCUCGACAUACAUCUUCCACCAAAUACCUCGCUGCCGGAACGGAUAGACCAACCUACUUUGAAACACAGAAUGGACAAGCACGGGCUUUUCAGCAUCAGGCUGACCCCCUUUAUAGAUACUUCUUCCGCCUCUGUUGCUAACCAAGGCCUUUUCUUUGACCCCAUUAUCAGAACUGCGGGUGCAGGCUCACAAAUAAUCAUCGGAAGAUACACUGAAAGAGUGAGGGAGGCAAUUUCCAAAAUCCCGGAUCAAUAUCAUCCCGUAGUGUUCAAAUCAAAAGUGAUAUCCAGGACUCAUGGAUGUUUCAAAGUUGACGACCAAGGAAAUUGGUUUUUAAAAGAUGUUAAGUCUUCCAGUGGAACAUUUUUGAACCAUCAACGUUUGUCUUCGGCGUCUACCACUUCUAAGGACUAUCCUUUACAUGACGGCGACAUCAUACAAUUGGGUAUGGACUUUCGUGGCGGUACGGAAGAGAUAUAUCGUUGUGUCAAGAUGAAAAUAGAGUUAAAUAAGUCCUGGAAAUUAAAGGCCAAUGCAUUUAAUAAAGAAGCCCUAAGUCGAAUAAAAAACUUACAAAAACUAACUACGGGUUUAGAACAAGAAGAUUGCUCCAUUUGUCUGAACAAAAUAAAACCUUGCCAAGCGAUUUUCAUAUCACCAUGUGCGCAUAGUUGGCAUUUCCACUGUGUGAGAAGGCUAGUCAUUAUGAGUUAUCCUCAAUUCAUGUGUCCGAACUGUAGAUCAAAUUGUGAUCUGGAAACCACUUUGGAAUCCGAAUCCGAAUCCGAAUUCGAGAACGAAAAUGAAGACGAACCAGACAUCGAAAUGGAUAUUGAUAUGGACCUAAAUAACAAUUUAGGUGUUCGCCUAGUAGAUUGA